AUGGAGCGCACUAAAUGGCUUGAAGGCCUGCGCGGCAUCGCCGCUGCUAUUGUGGCCGCUGACCCCUUCUUCAUGAGCGAUGUGUGGCAUCCCUUCGUCUCAUUCUGGACCGAUCCGCCCGAGGGAAACCGCCGCCUGGUCCAACUGCCGCCUAUCUGGAUCCUAUUCUCAGCUCAAGGGAUGGUGACCCUUUUCAUGGUGAUCUCCGGCCCCCAAUUCUUGGCCCGAGCCUCAUUCGCCAUUGUGCGGAGGCUUCUCCGCAUCUAUCUUCCUGUCCUAGUGACAGCCAGUCUUGCCCAGCUUUUCUAA